AUUUUGCUACGGGCAUUGCUCUACAGAUCUUAAAUCAAGGAAUGGGUUCCUUCGACAAAAGUGAAGAAUCGGAGAGGCAACCACUUCUCACCUCUUCCGGUAAGAAGGUUAGAACAUCCAGUACUACUUUACACGUGGAUACUAUUCAAAAGACUGGCUGGUUAAGUUCUUCAUUUAUUAUUGCUAAUAUAACUCUUGGAGUAGGCCUAUUAAAUUUUCCGGCGGCCUAUAAGGACGCUGGAGGAAUACCUCAGGCAAUUACAAUUCAAGCGAUAUGCCUAUUGUUCGCCUCAACUGCUUUUAUGUUCUUAGCCUAUGCAUCUGAUGUAAAGGGUGAUAAUACUUAUCAGGAUGUCCUUCAUUCCCACGCCGGACCUGUAGCCCUUGUUGUUUGUAAUUUAUUCAUUUUUAUUCAUAAUUUUGGAUCUUGUAUAACAUUUCUCGUGAUUCUAGGAGAUCAAAUAGAUCAGAUUACAUCGUAUGGAUACGGAUUAACUUUUUGUCAUUAUUGGUACAUGUGCAGAACUUUUACUCUCACUGUAAUCAGCAUUAUUCUGAUUCUGCCCUUCUGCUACCCGAAAGUUAUAAGCGACUUUAAAUUUAUAAGCAUGUUGGGCAUAUUUGCUGUCCUCUAUAUUCUAGGUCUAUCAAUAUACAAAUAUAGUACCAACACUGAUCCAGUUGAUCUGCCUGAAUAUAGGGCCGACAGAUGGCUAGAGAUAUUUAAAGUUAUGCCAACGAUAUGUUUUAGUUUUGAAGGUCACAUUGAAUCAGUUCCAGUUUAUGCUUGUUUAAAGAAGCGUAACCUAUCAGAAUUUGCAAGGGCUAUUGCGUCCUCUCUUUUCAUGUCCUGCACUAUUUACACAAUUAUAGGAGCAUUCGGUUUCUUGACAUUUGGCGAAUCUGUUAAAAGCGAUUUUCUUCUUAGCUAUCGUACAGAUGUUCCAGUUAUCAUUGCCAUGGCAAUUAUAGCCUUAAAAGUUAUCACAACAUAUCCUGCUGUUUUCUACUGCGCAAGGUUGGUAAUUGAUGACCUGGUUCGGUAUAGCUUCAAAUUGGAAUACGAACAACACGAACGCAAAAGACGAUACAUUAUUACUACAGUCCUUUUUAUGAUAUCUUUAAUAGUUGCUCAAGCGGUACCUACAAUCGGUAGUGUAAUUGCACUUUUAGGCGGUACGGCCGCUCUUUUCAUUUUCGUUUUCCCUGGUUUAUCGUUUAUGCACGCAAAUUUAUUAAAUGUAUCAAAAUACGGCGGAAGAAUAAAAGAUUUGGUGAAAACUGGUUUCGGAAUACUGUUUGUCAUUCUUGGUUUCUUUAUUGCCGGAAGUACAACUGCACAAAGUAUAAUUAGAUAUAAAAGUGGUGAAUUUUCAGAAAGAGAUGUUAUCUGCAGUUAGAAAGAAGAGAAAAUAUAUUUUUUAUAAAAAUUUUUAUUUUUUAUUAUAUUGAAAGUAAAAAAAAGCAAUAAUUCCUGUAAAUACUUCUUUUCUUCAACAAAAGAAACUAAAUAUAAGAAUUACGGGUUUCAUAGGAGAAAAUAAGAAUAUGAAAUUAGUAUGUUGAAUAAAUACAAGAAUUAUAAUUAUUAUCUUUUCUAUAUGUAUCUUCUCUCUCUCUCUCUCUC